AUGCCGGUGACCGAUGUGCCGGUGACCAAUGUGCCGGUGACCGAUGUGCCGAAAAAGAAUAACUUGGUUUGGGUUGGUUCUUUGGGUGUUUUUUUUUUUUUAAGCGCCGGUGGGGCAGGCAGGGCUGGAAUCCUCCUGCCAGCUCGGCAAGAAGGGGAGGCAUUGGGGCGGGCUCGCCGCCGUCCUGCUGACCUCUUCCUUAAUCCCGCAGCCGUCAAGAUCAAGAAGAACAAGGACAAUGUCAAGUUCAAGGAGAGCUGCAGCCGGUACCUCUACACCCUGGUCAUCACCGACAAGGAGAAGGCGGAGAAGCUGAAGCAGUCGCUGCCCCCAGGUCUGGCCGUGAAGGAGCUGAAAUGAGCCGUUCGUUGGGUACAAUAAAUAAAAACCUCAACUCUUUCCACCCCCCUCA